AGUGGAUGCUAUUAAAGAUCUUAGAAUCUUAGCCAAAUACUGAGUCACGACUCAGGUCAAAAAUCGGGCGACGAAGAACUCAGCCAGGGGGACCGAGUGGACUCACCUUCGAGUUUGACUGAGUUUGUCGUAACUUCCAGCCUUUCUCCAUUCUCCAAGUGAGGGAGAGGGAGAGGGAGGAAAUAGCUCAAGGGGAGAAAAGAAUUAUCAACCAUUUCUCCACGACAAGUUAAGCCCUAAUCUUCAAAUCCAGGAUCCCGCUCAAACCAAUUCCAAUCACAAAACAAAGUGAAAUAUGUCUCAUUCAGUGUUCCAAGCAGCGCAGAUUAUGCCCCUCGCUCCUACGACCAAAUCCUUAUCCUCCAAGCCGUUGCAGCCAAUUGCAACCGUUUGCCUAUCGCCGACGUUCGCUGGCAGGCGCCGGAGGCAUUAUUUUACGCUUAGGGCUUCAUCUUCUUCGUUGGUCGACGGUGAUGCUAGUGCGCACCUUGAGCGAUGCUUUCAGGCGUCGCCGGAUGGUCCGUUGGCGACUCCUUCCAGCUCCGUGGAAUUUGGCCCCACCAUGAAGGGGGGGCAGUACGGGGCGUUUGGAGCAGUUACCUUGGAGAAAUCGAAGCUGGAUAUGUCCAAGAAGGAAACUAAGACUAGUCCUCAGAUUGAAACUGGGGGUGGAGGUGGCAAUCAGGGGAAGGGUCUUAGUCACGGCGGUGGUGAUGGAGGCGAUGAUGGUGGUGAUGAUGAUGAUUACUUUGACGAUUUCGAUGAGGGUGACGAGGGAGAUGAGGGUGGACCGUUUAGGAGAAGGAUCAUUCUGGAGGAGUUGUUUGAUAGGAAAUUUGUUGAUGCUGUAUUAAAUGAGUGGCAAAAGACAAUUAUGGAUUUGCCUGCUGGGUUUCGUCAAGCCUAUGAAAUGGGUAUGGUUAGUUCUGCUCAAUUGGUAAAGUUUCUUGCAAUUAAUGCCAGGCCAACCACAGCAAGGUUCAUAUCACGGUCUCUUCCCCAGGGACUGUCUAGAGCAUUUAUUGGCAGGAUGAUUGCUGAUCCAGCAUUUAUGCUCAGGCUACUUCUUGAGCAGGCAAGUACAAUUGGUUGUUCUGUUUUGUGGGAGAUCCAGAAUCGAAAAGAGAGGAUAAAGCAGGAAUGGGAUCUUGCCCUCAUCAAUGUGCUCACUUUGACAGCUUGUAAUGCAAUUGUUGUUUGGUCCCUUGCCCCCUGUCGUUCAUAUGGAAGUACCUUCCAAACUGAUUUGCAGAAUACUCUGCAAAAGCUCCCAAACAAUAUUUUUGAAACUAGCUAUAAAUAUAGAGAGUUUGACAUCCAAAAGAGGCUUCUAUCAUUCUUUUACAAAGCUGGAGAGUUAAGUAUGGUAGGAUUUACGGCCGGAGCUGCACAGGGUGCUCUAUCAAAUUUUGCGGCCAGGAAAAAGGAGGGAAGAUUAUCAGUGAGCAUUCCAUCUGUGGGCACCAAUGCACUCGGUUAUGGAGCCUUCCUUGGUCUUUAUGCCAAUCUGCGAUAUCAACUCUUAUGUGGGUUUGAGAGAGCUACAACCAGUUACUUUGAUGUCAUUGGAGUAGCUCUAUUCUUCAGCACCGCUUUAAGGGUCCUGAAUGUUCAAGUGGGAGAGACAUCUAGGUUGGCUUGGCUUGGUGUCGAAGCUGAUCCAUUGGUUCACUCUGAGGAUCUCCUGAAAGCUUACAAUAGACCUUCAGAAGGCGUCAACCAGUCUUCUUCCAAAUGGUUCAUAUCUAAGAAUGCUAUUGUCUCCGGGCUCGGGCUUCUUGGGAUCAGACAAGGACGAACCGACUCUAAAGUGGAAGGCGAUGCACCUGCGCCCAAGGCUAGAAGGAAGAGAAUGGUGAAAAGAAAGGUGGCAACAAGUUGAACCGAGUUUUAAACGUUGGGUUUCUACUAAUGCUUCAAUUUUCAGUAUCUACGAGAAUGCUAAGAGCGCCAGAGAAGCAUUGAACAAUUUUGUUGGGUUCUGGGGACUGGGGAGGGCUCUAGCGCCAUUUUUUUUCCGAUUCUUUUCUUAAUUUUGAAUUUAGGAUAAUAAUUAUGAGCUGCAGAUUCAACUUUUGUAAGGAAGUUUGAUGUGAGCUCUGUUGAAUGAAGUGCAACGCAUUUAUUGUUCA